GCACCAUGACCUGCAGUAGAAAAAAUCCACAUCUAAAUCGCAUCCACAAAUCCACCACGACAAUUCUCUUCGCUUUCCUACCUACGGGUUCUAAAACCAAAUAAUAAUUCCAUAUCUAGAAAUCCCACAGACAAUUCACCUCCAGCCAUGGAGCCCUCCAAACCAGAAACCCUCCCUCCAACCCUCCCCCACCUCUUCACAUACCCCUCCUCCACCCCACCAUCCCUCAUCACCCAAGGCGCCGAAGCCCUCCUCUACAAAACCACAUACUUAAUACCUACGCUCACCUGCGCGCUAAAAUGGCGACCGUCAAAACCGUAUCGCCAUCCGAUUCUCGAUCAGCGAUUAACGAAAGCGCGGAUAUUGGCUGAGGCGAGGGUGUUGGUUAAGUGUCGGAGAGAGGGGGUAGUGGUGCCUGCUGUUUAUGCGGUGGAUGAGGGGAAGGGAUGUUUGAUGGUGGAGUGGAUUGAGGGGGAGGUGGUGAGGGUUAGGUUGAAUGAGUGGCUUUGGGGAGGGAGGGGAAGGAAGGGAAGAGGGAAACAUGGGGAGGAGGUAGGGAGUGGUGGUGGUGGAUCUGGAGGUUGGAGGUUGGAGGAUGCAUGGGGAUGGAUGCAUGGAUAAGAAAUGGAUAUGGGGUGGAAGGAGGAGGGGGGAUGGAAGGAAGGGGAAUGAAAUUGAUUUUGGGAAGGAGUACGGCGGAUGAGGAUGGCCGGAUUUGGAAGUACACAUCCGAGGGCGGAGGGUU